ACAAAUUUCAUUACGAUGACAAAUGAAUGACAGUGGGAUACCAACAAAUAAAAGACGGGGUUUUUACACAAGAUCCCGAAUUGAACUACCGAUAAUUGGAUAUAAGAAACAGCCGUAGUCAAUUCGAUUUCCCCAUCUUCAAAUCUCAGACCUGCAUGUCACGACUUCUCAGAACAAGACCCAUUCUCAAGCCGCUCUUCAACCCCGCUCAACUCAGACCUUUCCACUUGACAACCACCAAAAUGACAACCGGACUCUUCAACUACAUCGAUCCGACAUCGAGUCUCGAUGACAACGGAAACAGAGUCAAGCCAUGGGCUAAAGUCGACGUUGAUCAAACUUCCUUUGAGCGCAGUCAGCACAAGCGCGAUGUCGUGGAUAUUCGCAGCGCCGCUAGCAUUACCAGUUUCGGCGUAGAUGUUUCUGGUUUCGAUGUCUUCAAGUCUCCCGCCAAAGAAACUGAAUUCACUGACGAUGCGGCUGUGAGGAAUGGAUACUACGGAGAAGUUGAAGCGCUGCUCAAAGAGAGGAUUCCUGAGAUCAAGAAGGUUGUUAUCUUCGAUCAUACGAUCCGCAGGAGGGAGAAGUCGAGUCCGAGGCAGCCUGUGCAGCAAGUCCAUGUCGAUCAAACGCCCGGUGCUGCUGAAGCUCGUGUGAGACGACACACCGAUCCUUCAGAGACAGAGGAGCUUCUCAGGGGUCGAUACCAAAUCAUCAACGUCUGGCGACCAAUUGGCCAUCCCGCGACAGACUUCCCCCUCGCAGUCGUCGACUAUCGCACCACAAAGCCUGAAGAUAUGAUCAAAGUCGAUCUUCUUUACCCCAACCGCGACGACAACGACGACGACGACCGUGGAAAGGAAGUUCUCCCCGAUGCAUCGACACUUCGCUCAACAGAGGGCUAUCAAAUCAAGGGCGAGACAUAUUCUGUUGCGCCUAAUGAUGGACACAAGUUUUAUUACGCCAAGGACAUGACGCCAGAGGAGGUCAUGUUGAUUAAGUGUUUUGAUUCAAAGAGUGAGGUCCAUGAGGGUGGGCAGCAUGGGUUGGCGGGAUAUACGCCUCAUACUGCGUUUGUUGACCCUGCUACGCCGGCCGAUGCGAAGGGGCGACAGAGUAUUGAGGUCAGAUGCUUGGUGUUUUACUAGAAACAUCUGAAGAUGGGAUGUUGGUAGAUUUAAAUAGCGUUAUGAAUUGAUGAAGGUUUCUUUA